CUUGCUGAUUGACCGAUGUUCUUCCAGACGACGAGGCUGAGGGACAUUCCGACGUGGCCUGAACUAUGAGGCGGUACGGCACGGAGUCACUAGAAGAUUCAACGAUAUCGACGACUUCUCACGAGGCUUUUCUUUCUGGCAGCUCAAGUCAUUUUCUUCCGAUGGGGUUCACAUGGUUGACCGACGUGGCUGCGGUCUCUUCUUUGGUCUCUUGAGGGCCUACUUGGGUUAUGGGACGGCAGGCUUUUUCUUUUCCAUUCGCGACUGGAGCGUACUGAUGGAGCAACGUGCACUACGACGCAAAGCAUCUACCAGCGCCAGGUCAGCGUACGGAACAUUGACGGCACACGAGACAACCGGGGGAGUAUGGAGACUUGAAAGCUGGUCUACCUUCAAAAUGUCGGAUAGUUUCCUAUUGCAAUGUACAAGUCCAACCUGCAUUUUCCUCAGUGUCUGCGGCACAUGUGCGCAUGUCUCAAAAGCCUUCUAUAUGCCGGGCCCCUUCCAAUGACGUCGUUUGAGGUGGUACGGCGAGUCUGCAGAGCAUUCACAACAAUAGAUGCUCGCC